GAAGUUGAGCGUUGGUAAGUCAUCAUACAAGUGGCCCAGGGGCAGGAGAGGCGAGGCUUAAAAAUAAGUUUAAAGGACCCUCUCGCGUAAGAAGCCAGUUUCUCCACACCGUUUCUCGGGGACGGGCCCGCCGUGAGUCAUGGCGGCUCUUUCAGCCUGGUUCUGGGACGAGAGGUUUUGGCUGCCCCACAACGUAACCUGGGCGGACCUGGAGGACCCAGCGCCCGGGGUGGAGUAUCCCAAAGUCAGACACUUGUUCUCUGCCUUGCCGCUUGCUUUUGGGAUUUUCAUCGUCAGAAUAUUCUUCGAAAGAUUUAUCGCCGGUGCCUGUGCCCGAAGUCUCCGCAUUCAGACAGGUGUGGGAAGAAGAGCUCAGCCCAACGCGGUGCUGGAGAAAGUGUUUACAUCCAUCACAAAGAAUCCAGACUCUCGGCAUCUGGAUGGCCUCUCCAAGCAGCUGGACUGGGAGGUGCGAAAGGUCCAGCGUUGGUUCAGACACCGCAGGAACCAAGACAAACCCAGCACGCACACUAAGUUCUGCGAGAGCAUGUGGAGAUUUACAUUUUAUUUGUGUAUAUUUAUAUAUGGGAUCCGGUUUCUGUGGCAGAGCCCUUGGUUGUUGGACACGCGACAUUGCUGGUACGGUUACCCCUAUCAGGUCAUGACCCCGGGUCUUUAUUACUACUAUGUGACAGAACUGGCCUUCUACUGGUCACUAAUGUUCUCCCAGUUCACCGACAUUAAAAGGAAGGAUUUCCUCAUCAUGUUCAUCCAUCACCUGGCUACUGUCGGCCUGAUCAGCUUUUCUUACGUCAACAACAUGGCGCGGGUGGGGAGCCUUGUGCUGUGCGUUCACGACGCCUCUGACUUUCUGCUGGAGGCGGCCAAGCUCGCCAACUACGCCAAGUACCAGCGCUUGUGUGACUUCCUCUUCAUUGUGUUUAGUUUAGCGUUCUUUGUCACACGACUUGUUAUAUAUCCGAUAUGGGUCCUGAACUCCACCAUGUUUGAGAGCUGGAGCAUAGUCGGGCCGUUCCCGUCCUGGUGGCUCUUCAACAUCUUACUGCUGGUCCUCCAAGUGCUGCAUAUCAUCUGGUCCUACCUCAUAGCCCGCAUAGCUCUCAAAGCCAUGCUGCGAGGCAAGGUGUGCAACGAUGUGCGCAGCGACAUUGAGAGCAGCUCAGCGGAUGAGUCUGAAACGCACACGGAGAAUCUAAAGACAUCUCCGUCUAGCAUCAAGGGAGAAAACGGCACUAAUGGCCACUGUGCCAAAGCACGAGUGAACAACCACAGCAGCUGGUGACACGGAGCCCCGAGCCCCCAGCCCCCAGCCUCCAGCCCCCACCCCCGCAGUUUGUCUUAACGUCGUUCCUCUAACGUGCAAGGCUUCCGCCCACACUCACAUUCACACACACUGAUUACACUGACAGUGAGUAUGCACAGAUCCAUGCCUUGGUGCACUGACGGCGGACGCGCAAACACUGACAUCGGCUGCGGACUCAACUCCGGAGGUGACAUUUAAAAGCUGAAAUGAUAAGGAAAUCGAGUUGAAGCGAGUGAUACGCAUUUGUCUUAUUUUUUGAAAUGUUGGGAUUUAUGUUGGGCACAGAUGUUGAUUUCAAUGUUCUCUCCCAGUUUUAUUGGUCAGAUGAACUUGGAUGAUUUUAAAGGGUUCAUUCUCACUGGUUCUCACAGGAAAAGCAGCAGAUGUCGAUAUAGCUGUAGUUGUAUCAGCUUUUAACAGCACCGCCUCUGUGAGCGGCGGUUUAUUGUGAAUUUACUCUUUAAGCCCAUUGUUUGGCUACUUUGUGACUCAUUUGUUUUACUGUUGUUUUUUUUUACUACUUCCUCUGAGACCAAAUGUUUAAAAAACUGUUUGUUAGCACUGCCUAUAGAGAAGGUAUGAGGACUACACUUCUAUGUCAUGUUCUCACUUGAGUGCCUUGUAAAAAUGUAUUUCCAAAUAUAUUCUGUUGUUGAAAGAUGACUUCCUUAUUGAAGUACUGUGUAGAAAUGCUAUAUUACACUGUGUGGUUAAAGGCAUUUAAUAUAAUACAAUACAAACAA